AAAUAAACAUCAUCAAAAGGAGGUCCGACCUCCACACUCUCAUUCAUUGUCCCUCUCCUUUUCCCUUGCAACACCCUCAGAGGCUCAAAAACAUCUUCUCUCUGCUGAAAAAUUUGCUUGCAUACACACUUUCAUGCACUAAAACGCGAUUGCACCGACUAUAUAGGGCUCGUAUCUUUUUUUUUUUUUUUACGUGUCUAGGUUGAGCUUGCGCACUUUCUGUUUGUUUGCCUCGAGAGGAGUCCUUGAGUUUGGGAUUGAUGCUUGCCGUGUCGCCUCUGAGGAACGCGAACGAUGGCCGCAGCAACAACCAAGGAGAGAUGGAGAGCUUGGCCGGCAUCGGCAGCUGCAGCGGCGGCUUCCCCGACUUCUCCGACGGGAGUCUGCUCGACAGCAUCGACUUCGACGACCUCUUCGUGGGGAUCCACGAUGGGGACGUGUUGCCGGACCUGGAGAUGGACCCGGAGCUGCUCGCCGAGUUCUCCGCCAGCUGCGGCGAGGAGUCGGGGACGGGGUGCUCGUCGAUAUCGGUCGAGAAGGCCGAGGCCGACGACAAUGGCUCCAAGAGAGAAGCUGAUGAGGACAAGGCUUCGGAGCUGGAUAACAUCUCUGGCGGGAGCCGAGGGGAAGAGAUUGUGAGCAAGAGGGAUGAGUCUGCGGUGGUCAAUCCAUUCCUUAAUAACAGUAAAGAGACUGACAACAAGGGAAAAAGAUCAUCAGCUCAAUCAUCCAAGAGUAACAACGCUCAUGCUCAAGGGAAGCGAAAAGUGAAGGUGGAUUGGACGCCAGAGUUGCACAGGAGGUUUGUACAAGCCGUGGAGCAGCUUGGAGUGGACAAGGCAGUGCCUUCAAGAAUCCUGGAGCUCAUGGGCAUCGAUUGUCUCACUCGCCACAACAUCGCUAGCCACCUCCAAAAGUAUAGGUCGCACAGAAAGCACAUGCUGGCUCGUGAGGCGGAGGCAGCGAGCUGGAGUCAGAGGCGACACAUGUACGGCAAUGGAGGCCACAAGAUGAGGCCGGACACGAUGAUGAUGGUGAGCCACGCCACCGCCACCGCCACAGCGAGUCCUUGGCUAGCACCACCGCCCACCCUCGGAUUCCCACCCGUGACCCCCAUGCACCCCCACUUCCGACCCCUCCACGUGUGGGGCCACCCUUCCGCUGACCAGUCCCUCAUGCACGUGUGGCCCAAGCACUCGCCUUCCCCGCUGCCGCCGUCCGCCUGGGCUGCCCCACCGCACGGCGCUGCUCCCUCUGAUACGCCAUUUUGGCAUCCGCACAGCGGCCACCAACCGGUGCCAAAUCCGCCAACGCCAGGAAUGCCGUGCUUUGCCCAACCAACCCUGCCAACGACGAGAUUCGGAGCUCCACCGGUGCCGGGCAUUCCAUCCCACGCCAUGUACAAAGUCGAUAGAAAUAACAACAGUAAUAACAAAAAUAAUCGGGGCUAUGGCUUGCCGCCUGGACCAUCAGCCUCUCAUCCUCCCUUCGAUUUUCAUCGGGCUUAUGCGUUCGAUGAGCACUCAAAGGAGACGAUAGACGCAGCUAUCGGAGAUGUUUUAUCAAAGCCGUGGCUGCCGCUGCCUCUCGGUCUGAAGCCUCCUUCCACUGACAGUGUCCUGGGAGAACUUCAACGCCAAGGAGUACCCAAAGUCCCUCCUUCUUGUGCUUGAGAAAACCCUAAAGGACAUCCUUCGGUUGCAGAGGUUGUACCCCCAUGGCGCUUUCGAGACAUCGAAAACCCUAAAAUUCGACGACAUUUCCUGCAUUAGAUGCAAUAAUCUAAUCGGCGAGUCACCUUUUUUUUCUUCCAACCUUUUCCUUGCUCAUUUGUAGCUCGAUCGGUUGCCGAAGAUGAAACUAUUUCCAAGUAACACGUCCUCGUCCUUUCCCCGGCUCUUUUUGUGAUGGUUGUUUGGAUGUGAGACUGAUCUCAUGACCAUGUGGUUUAUCUAAUUUGCAUUUUACACUGUUUGCUUCUCAAGAAGUCGUUCACCGAAUAAUUCAGGCUUACAAAGCUUGUAAUUCUUGA